AUGGCCGACGCAGCACCCGAAGAACCGAAGAUCUCCAAGCGCGCCGCCGAAAAGGCAGCCAAGAAGGCAGCUGCAAAGGCGGCAAAGGAGAAGCACAAGGAAGCAGCUCCUGCCAAACAAGCCGCCCCAAGCACGCCCGCCGCACCUGCCGACCCCAAUGCCAACUUCAAGCAGGGCUGGUUGAAGGGUGUUUACAACGAGAAGCCCGUCCAGGAAGUCCAGACUCGCUUCCCUCCCGAACCCAAUGGCUACCUCCAUAUCGGUCACGCGAAGGCCAUUACCGUCAACUUUGGUUUCGCCAGAGCCUAUGGCGGCAAGUGCAACCUCCGUUUCGAUGACACCAAUCCGGCCAAGGAGGAGGAGCGCUACUUCACCAGCAUCAAGGACAUGGUCAGCUGGCUUGGUUUCGAGCCCGCCAAGAUUACCUACAGCAGCGAUAACUUCGAUGAACUGUACCGUCUGGCCGAGGAACUGAUCAACCGCAACAAGGCCUACGUCUGCCAUUGUACCGCCGAGGAAGUCCAGAAGGGAAGAGGAGGCUCUGAGCAUGGCCCUCGUUCUGUCUGCAGCCACUGGAGCAGACCCGCUGAAGAGUCGUUGGAGGAGUUCCGCGCCAUGAAGGAUGGAAAAUACAAGGCUGGCCAGGCUGUCCUGCGCAUGAAGCAGUACCUCGGAACAAAGCCCGAGGAGUACGCUAUCACCGAAGAAGACACACCAGAGACCAAGAAGGAGAAAUCGAAGCUGAAGACUCUGGCCGAGAACCCCUCCAUGUGGGAUGUGGCCGCCUACAGAGUCAAGGACCAGAACUACCACCACCGCACCCACUACACCUGGAAAAUCUACCCCACCUACGAGUUCACCCACUGUCUAUGUGAUAGCUUCGAGGGCAUCACUCAUUCCUUGUGCACUGUCGAGUUCGAGACUCUCCGUCCUGCUUAUAACUGGCUUCUGGAGGCUCUUGAUCACAAGGUUCUCGCCUCAGAGGAGAAGGGUCCCAUGCAGCGCGAGUACGGAAGACUCAAUGUUGAGGGUACUAUUCUUUCCAAGCGUAGAAUCCAGAUGCUGCCUGUCGCUGGUGCUCAAUCGAUUCCUCCUGUCGUCCGUGGUUGGGACGACCCUCGUCUCUUCACUCUUGUCGCUCUUCGCCGUCGUGGUGUACCACCUGGUGCUCUGAAGAAGUUCGUUCUCGAUCUUGGUGUGACAAAGGCCAACGCCGACACCAAGAUGCACAUGCUUGAUGCCUCUAUUCGUACUUACCUCGAGCGCACUGUGCCUCGUCUGAUCGUGGUCCUCGACCCCAUCAAGGUCAUCAUCGACAACCUUCCCGAGGACUACCUUGAGGAGCGCGAAGUGCCAUUUGAUCCCAAGGACAAGGAGAAGGGCAUGCACAAGCUCCCGUUCACAAAGACCAUCUACAUCGACCGCGACGACUUCCGCGAGGUCGACGACCCAGACUUCUUCCGUCUCGCCCCUGGAAAGUCUGUUGGUCUUCUCUAUGCCGAGCACCCUCUCCGCUGCAAGUCAUUCACCAAGGGCGAAGACGGUAAGGUCAACGAGAUCCGCGCCGAAUACGGUGCUGAUGUGCCGGCUGGCAAGGCCCGCAUCCACUGGAUCGGUGAGUCGGCAGCACACAAGUCGCCUAUCCGAGCUGAAGCUCGCAUUUUCAACUCGCUCUUCAAGAACCCUCGUCCUAACGAGCUCGACUGGAAGAAGGGUGGCUACUACGACAAUGUCAACCCCGACAGCGAGAUUGUGCACAAGAACGCUAUGAUCGAGGCUGGCUUCUUUGACAUUCAGCAGCGUGCACCCUGGCCUAAGGAGGAGGGUGAGGCCAAGGGUAACACCGGUCCCGAGGCCGUUCGCUUCCAGGGCUUGCGCACCGCCUAUUUCUGCGUCGACAAGGACAGCUCGGCUGAUAACAUCAUCCUCAACCGCAUUGUCAGCUUGAAGGAGGACACUGCUAAGAAAUGA